AUGUCUACCUGCUCCCUUCUCCUUAUCCUCAUCAGCGCAGUCAUUCGAACACCUGGUCGCCCUGAGAAGCCAGACAAACGGAGCUUCCUCGUAGCCUCAGUGCCUCAUAGGGCGGGUCCGAAUAUGGGAGCAGGAGCUGCCGACCGAGAUUGCGAUCUAGGGUUGACGAGGCGGUCAAAAUCGGCAGUGCGCUAUAGAAAGUGGUUGAAAGGGCGGAAGGGCGACUGCAGUUCGUUGGGCCGUAGCAUUGAUGGCAUGGCCCAGCUGGCGGUAGGCCUCACUGGUGCGACGGCUGGCACAACAACAAACGGUUUCCCAAAGUCUGACUGGCUCGAGCUGUUUGUAUGUUUUUUGUGCAACAUCCAGAGGGGCAUGAAGAUGACCGACUGCUUAAAAGUUCCUGCGCGCUCCUCAGAACUGCUGCUCCAGAGCAUCCUACAGUUCGAUCAAAGCCGCCUCCGAGACCAACUUCAGCCAGCCGUUGCAAUGUUGACUCCUGGAUAUGCCAACCUCUGGGUGCACUUCUAUCCCAUCGGCAACACACCCGCAGUGUUUCUGACACAGGGCCUGCCCCCAGAGAAGGAUGCAAACAUCCUGCUCCUGGGAUGUGGCGACGUCCGCAAUAUCUUCUUCACUGUCCACUCCGACGGUUCUCGCCGAAUGGAUAUCACAUGCUGUGACAUUGAGCCCGCUAUCAUCGCAACCCGAAACGUUCUUCUUGUUACCCUCAUUCUUGACGAUUCGAACGGGCAGUGGAACAACGACAAUUGGGAUCUGUACCAUCACGUAUUUAUCAACAAGGCCUGCCAUGACCGGCUGCAGAAACAGGCCAAGAAGUUGCACACUCUGGCCACCUCGUUCGAAGCUUGGCGAGAGGGCGACUACGGUAACCUCGUCGCGUUCUGCGACCGUGGAACUCUGACCAGGGUUGCCGAGGUCUGGGCCUUCUACAUCUCUACAGCCACGGAGCGGCAAUCCUGGAUGAAGAAGACGUUCAAGACGGCCAUCGAGACACGGAACCGAAAGAGACGCGGCACCGGCGUAAUAUUAUCUGGUCUCCGAUCCGCCACACCCGCCGGCAUGCUCGCGGGGCUGGACUUGAAUGAGCUACACGACCAGUUCUGGAAGCACGGAACCGUGGAUAUGGAUCACAUGGUCCGCUCCCAAGCCACCUAUGCGAAUCCAUUGUUCGUGUCCCCCGACUCCACCCCGAGGGUGUCGAAGUUAGAGGACGUUGUGGCAGCUGCCAGAGCCGAGCUUUGCACGUGGAGCGAUACAUUCAGGGGGCGAGGCCGGGAGAACGUAAGACUACGUUUCUUCGCCGGCGAUGCUAUACCGUUCUGUUAUACGCUUCAGAAUCGGCGUGCUACCGGGUUUGACAGAACCGUGUGCUGGUAUCGGAGUCGACAUACUAGCCUAGAUCCGCUCGUGCUGGUCGAGGACGACUACGGCACUGACGGAACUGCUCCGGUUUCCUUCAACGUCAUCGACACCUCAAACCUCAUCGACCACGUUGGCGGACUCAAUUUGCUGACCGCUGCCUCGCCCCUUCUCGACGGUGAUGCUUCGUCAAGUCUGUACACUGAAACCCUAGUGCAGCGGAAGCGCUCGUACCAGGAACAACUCGACGAGAUUCUUGGCGGGCACCUCCCGACAAGCUCCCUGCUCCUCGGCCUCUUUCCAGUCGAAUACUGGACAAACACAUGCCCUUCGUCUAUCGGCGACGAGCAGCUGAUGGGCUUCAUUCAGUCCCUGCAACAAACGACUGUCGAACCACUGAGGCAGUUGUACUCGAGAAUCACAUGGAAGCGGCCGCCUUGCAGUUCGGCCUCCCACAUAGAGCGUUUGCACAUGGAUGACGAACAGCUGGCAUCUCUGCUAUACCGAGUGUACGUCGAUAUGUUCCCCGGCGAGAAUAUAGGAAGGAUGUUCUCCAUGGCCACCAUGAAUCCGGAGUCGAUUUUGCACGCCUCGCUCCCUACCUACACCCGAGCGAGCUUUGUUUCUUUCCUGGUUCUCGUCAAGAAGCGCAUUGUCGCUAGCUGGGACCGAGCCAUGGACAUCCUGCUGGCACGCAUAGAGUCCAAUCGCACCCACCUUAUUGGGUGUCUCUUCUUGCAGGAGCUGUACCUGUACAUGCACCUCCUGGAUAUCCACUCCGUCGACACGUUCAAGAGCUUUGCCAAGCGCGAUAUGGGGAUGGGCACGGCACCGAAGGGGGCUCCCAGCAUUGCCCACUGGCAAGACAUGCCGUCCUCGGUUUGCAUCACGCUGAAGGUACCGCGGUCCGCACUCCGGGUGUUUACCGAUCCGGAUUUCUCGACUGUGGGCACCAUACCAGUUCAUGGCGUGGUUCGUGACUCUUCUGGUGGAUAUGUUGGCUGGGAGAACUACUUCGCCGCUGUACAACUUGGCUUUGGCAGCCUUUCCCCCAGCGGGAUCCCCUUUAGCAAUGCCUUCGAGCUGGUCAUUACCGAGGAUUACCAGGGCUGGCAUGGCAACUGUCCGUUGUUUGUCUCCUUUAGAGUCCCUUCCUGGAUGCUUCUUCUCGAGCCACGGACCGCGAUUGUGGGCUUCUGUAUGCAAAGCACUCCAACGACUGCCAGCAGAUUCAUCCGUCGCCUAGGGGUCGACCUGUGCAUCUUCAAGACAAAUCUAGGAGAUACCAACCAUGUAUACAUCAGCAAAGAUCUUCCCAACCAGGCAGGGACAAUCGUCGUUGCAGGGUUUGCCAAGGACGCUUUCGCGUCCCCGGCUCCUGAAAACUCGGAGGUCAGGACAACAGUCAGUGUCACGAUCAACCCGAACACGGCUAGGAUUGCCUGCAUGACAGCCCGGCUGGACGUGGUCUCGGACGCCCUGAAGUCUGCCCUCCUCGGUAGUUGCCCAGUCCAAUCCACCACGACCUCGCCAUGCACCUUCACGAUCACUAUCAACAAGACCCCUGUCAAAGUCACCUUCCCCGUCCCAGUCGUCGCCGAGUCCUAUACAAUGCGUAUCGCCCGCAAAUCUGCAUACAUCGAGCUCAUCGCCAUCGUCAUGCCCAACCCUGCCGUUCACCCUUCGGCCACCUUCACCUCGCCUCUCUUAUUCUCCAACUGUCCCGACAACACCAACGAUCCGGUCCCAAUCCUCUGGAACACCCCACAAAUCUCCCUCCCCACCGCCCCCGUCAUCUCCCUCUGUAACCCAAGAGCGCUCAGUUUCCUCUCUGUCCACACCGACCAAAUGUUCUCCACCCGCGAAGCCCGCCUACGCAACAACCCCAUCCUCCUCGCCGCCGCGACCCGGCCAGAGCGGGCCCGCAUCGCCCUGAAAGAAUCCCUGCACUGCCUCUUCAUGCAGUUCGCAGGUCUCAACUCUAAUACACGCAACCCCGCCUCCCCAAGAAGAGAAUCCAUCUUCGCGCUUCACAAUCCCAACCAAGGCGAGGGCGGCGGCGGCGUCAACAAUGCUCAUCUUCCCCUCGACCCUGCGCCUCGACCUCGCCCGCCGCACCGUCCUCCUCGACUGCGCCGUGCUCCCGCUCACGCACGGCAUCAUGCCCGUGCUGGAACACCGCGGCUUCCUGGCGGCCGUCGCGGACCCGCUCGGCGGGGGGGGGGUAUACAUCACGGUCGAUGCGGACGAGCUAAGGCUAUGGAAGGAGGUGCUGCCCGCGUGGGUGGAGCGGUGUCGCGCCGGGGAGUGGGCGCACCGGGACGGAUGGCGCCGGUGUCGGUGGAUAUGGGCGAAGAGGUCGUGUGUGGGUGUGGCAAAGGGGUGUUUCCGGCGGGGUGGGAGCCGGAUGUGCCGAUGUGGGAGGUGGUGAAGAGGUUUUGUGUAAGAGCGGCGAUCUCGCCUUUGUUUGCGAGUGUUUUGGUGGAGGAUGUGAUGCCGGAUGUUGAGCCGUUUGGGCCCGGGCUGGGCCAGGACGGGAGGAAGGAGAAGGGGGACGGGGUCACCGGGUGCCGCAGCUGUGCAAGGGAGAAGUCGAAGGAAGGUGGCGAGCUGAAGGCAUUUGCCAAGUGCCUGAAGGUCAAGUAUUGUGGCCGGACGUGUCAGAGGGCAGAUUGGAAGCGGCACAAGAAGGAGUGCAUUGCUAAGCAUUCGUGA